CGCAUGUCUUGAAUUGAAAAGAAAGAUGGAGGUAGUGGCAGGAAGGGUCCAAGGAAAAGAAAGUCCAUCCAGUCAGCAAGCGGAUCGGCAGCGCGGCUGACACGAUCUGCACAAUGACAGCGCUUUUCCGCAUAUCAUAUUCCCAAAAAGCGUGGGUAAGAAUGCCCUUCUUCUUCGACCGACCAGAAAAACCAUGACAUCAACACUCUACCGAUUCCCCACUGCCGAAGGCCUCAUUCACCUCCUCAACUCAACCAACAAUGCAUCUGCAAGACCAACACCACUCCCGAACCCACUCACUAUCGACUUUGUCCACACCCCAGCCUUAAACGGCGCCUCACUCAACACCUCCCCCUUCGCUCUACCAGGACUUCUAGACUUUGACCACCUGGUGUGCGACUUUGACGAGACAAUCACGGAUCAUGACACGACCUCUUCGUUCGAUAUACUCGCUUCUCAGAUUCGAUCCACGGCAGGGUUCCGGGAGCCGGAAAUGUCGUGGGAUGAGAUUCUAAAGGCGUAUCUGGAUGAUUUGCAGAAGGUCGAUGUUGCGGAUUUAUGUCAUUUAAAUACGGAUGAUAAUGCAGUCAAGGACAAGGCAGAACAUGGAGGUGGUGUAGAACAAGGCGAGCAGCAGCAGGAGCAGCAGCAGGGGGCAUGCAGCCAGGAGUGCGAGCACGAGAAGCAUGGCGCUCAGCACCCUCAUUCCACCACCAUAGCAACAGCGCCAACUGGACAUCCUCACUCUCACCUCCACUCUCAGCAUCCUAAUCAUCACAAUCGCCUGAUGGCUCCAAGCGUCCGAGAACUGAAAUGCCAUAUUGACGGUCGGACCUUCACCCCCGAGCCAGAACUCCCUGUUCCAAAGCUCCCUUCCCUCCAACCCUGGAUCCGUUCCCAAGUUCGAAAGCGUGCCGUCGAAAAGGUUUCCCUGGACCGGGUGUACGAGAGCGGGAACUUGGUUGGGCUAACGAGACGACAGAUCCGAGAGUAUGGACGCAAUCAGAUUCGACUGAGGCCUGGGAUGGUGGAAUUUCUGAAGGCGUUUGUUAAGAACCGAGAGCACAAAGCGGAAGAGAAGGCGAAGGAAGAGAAAAUGACGGGCGAAUUAUAUAUUGUGUCAGUGAACUGGAGUGAGGACUUGAUUCGGGGCGCAAUGGACCAAGUCUUUGGGAGUGAGGAAGCGACGGGUCGGUACUUGCCCGAGUCAAAUCUGAUUUCGUCCAACUUACAGUUCUUCCAUGGAGACCAUGAACUCCUGCUCCGGCGGAAAAUCUCUGCAUCUGCUCCAUCGACUUCCUUCGACGAGGACGGCUCUGCAACCUCAGAAGCUUUUUCUAGAAAUGUCGUUAAUGAUUCGUCGUUGAAGAAGGAGGCAGAGGAGCACUUGUCGAACGGAGAGGUGAAGGUGCAAUGUCUAACGGGAACGGAUAAGUUACACGCGUUCAUUAAGCUGAAACGGGAUUAUGCAGCACGACAUGGCCUUACACUCGAGGAUACAAAGUGGGCCUAUUUAGGCGAUUCUUCCACGGAUCUUGGCUGCCUUGUGGAGGCGGAUGUGGGCAUCAUUAUCGGAAAGAGCAAGUCCCUGCUCACGGAUUGCGAGCGUUCAGGCGUCCAAGUCAUUGAUCUCGUGGAACGCACAGAUACAGCCGUGCUUUAAAAGCUUUAUUUUUGAACACUCCCACCAUAUUCAAUUGACCAAUAAAAUUGAAGUGUCCUAUCCUACUUUUUUUUUUUUUG